GCAAGCAGAAUGUGCAGCACGAUCCUUUGGGUGCGAUACCCUAGUGUGACUGUAUACCAUGCAUAUCUUGUAAAUUAUUUCUUGUACUACGUACUGUAUGUAUUACAACGGACUCGAUAGCGAAAACAUGAGUGGUUGACUUUGAGCACCGGACAAAAUCGCGCAGGUGAUUAUGCGGGAGAAAUCGCACUGUUGUGAUUGGCAGGGGGUUCGGCCUAGACGAUUCGGGGAGCUGUCCGACGCAACAACCGUCCUUUGCCUGCCUGCAGCGUCACUUGUCGUUGUUCGUCUUUCCUCCUCCCCUUCAUUGUCGCAAGCAGCAGCGAGCUCCGUGUCGAUGUUCCGGAAAACAUUGCCCAGGACCCUCAGAUCGGCCAGGAGGCCAUUCCAUUCUUCAGCGCCCGCGAGGAAGGUCGUCGCGACAAAUCCUGUCAAGGCUGAGGAGGUCCCGUCUUGGUCAUCAGGAAAAUACCCAUUGAUUGAACAUGAAUAUGAUGCGAUCGUCAUAGGUGCUGGAGGGGCCGGUUUACGAGCAGCAUUCGGUCUCGCAGAGGCUGGUUUUAACACCGCAUGUAUCACCAAAUUAUUCCCUACCAGAAGUCACACUGUCGCUGCUCAGGGUGGAAUCAAUGCUGCGCUUGGUAACAUGACUGAAGAUGAUUGGAGAUGGCAUAUGUAUGACACGGUGAAAGGUUCGGAUUGGCUCGGUGAUCAAGACGCCAUCCAUUAUAUGUGCCGAGAAGCACCUCGAACUGUCAUCGAGCUCGAGCAUUUCGGUGUUCCCUUCUCACGGACAAAGGAAGGCAAAAUCUACCAACGUGCUUUCGGUGGUCAAUCACUGGAGUUCGGAAAGGGCGGUCAAGCAUACCGAUGUGCUGCUGCCGCCGAUCGUACCGGACAUGCACUUUUACACACACUUUACGGUCAAUCUCUCCGACACAACACAAACUUCUUCAUUGAGUACUUCGCGCUGGACCUCAUCAUGCAAGAUGGUGAGUGUGUUGGUGUCAUUGCGCUGAACAUGGAGGAUGGCACCCUCCACCGAUUCCGGGCACACAAGACCGUCCUCGCAACUGGUGGUUACGGCCGUGCCUACUUCUCCUGCACAAGUGCGCAUACAUGUACUGGCGACGGUAAUGCCAUGGUUGCCCGUGCUGGUCUUCCUCUCCAGGAUCUGGAAUUCGUGCAAUUCCACCCAACUGGUAUUUACGGAGCUGGAUGUCUCAUCACCGAGGGUUCUCGAGGUGAGGGCGGAUACCUCUUGAACUCUGAGGGUGAACGUUUCAUGGAACGUUACGCACCGACUGCCAAGGAUUUGGCUUCUCGUGAUGUUGUAUCUCGUAGUAUGACGAUCGAGAUCCGUGAGGGUCGUGGCGUUGGUCCUGAGAAAGAUCACAUCUACCUCCAACUCAGCCACCUUCCUCCUGAAAUCUUGCACGAACGACUCCCUGGUAUCUCCGAGACUGCUGCCAUCUUCUCUGGUGUUGAUGUUACCAAGGAGCCCAUCCCUGUCUUGCCCACCGUCCACUAUAACAUGGGUGGUAUUCCUACCAGGUACACUGGUGAAGUCAUCACUGUUGAGAACGGCGAGGACAAGGUCGUCCCUGGACUGUACGCCGCUGGUGAGGCCGCAUGCGUCUCCGUCCACGGCGCGAACCGUCUCGGAGCCAAUUCACUUUUGGAUAUCGUCGUCUUCGGUCGUGCCUGUGCGCACCACAUCCAGGAGACUUUGACUCCUGGAAAGCCCCACAAGAAGAUUCCUGAUGAGGCUGGAUUAGAGACCAUACAGUUCCUCGAUAAUAUCAGGACUGCUGAUGGUCCUAUUGGCACUGCGAAGAUUCGUCUGGACUUGCAAAAGGCUAUGCAAACUGAUGCCGCUGUCUUCCGUACUCAAGUUUCCCUCGAUGAGGGUGUCCAGAACGUCCACAAGAUCUACGAUACCUACAAGCAAGUUGGUAUCAAGGACAGGAGUAUGAUCUGGAACAGCGACCUCGUUGAGACUCUUGAGCUCCGCAACCUCCUCCAAUGUGCUGUCCAGACUAUCACUGCCGCUGCCGCUCGUCAGGAGUCUCGUGGCGCUCACGCUCGUGAGGACUUCCCUGAUCGUGAUGACAAGAAAUGGAUGAAGCACACUCUCACUCGGCAGAAGGAUUUCACCAAGCCUGAAGUCGAGCUUAAUUACCGUCGCGUCAUCGACAGGACCCUUGAUGAGAACGAGUGCAAGCAUGUUCCUCCGUUCAAGCGAGUGUACUAGACGCGAGGGAGCAUCGGUAUUCUUCCUUCCUCUCUCCUUGUUUGUCUUGCCGCUGCGUAGUUUGUAGUAUACGUGAUAUUGUGAACGCUGAAUAUUCUAAUCCAUGUUUCACUAUCCAGCUGACUAUUGCAAGGGGUCAGGCCAUCGUCUUGUCAUCGCGGAGCUCAAUCGUGAUCUCGUGUGGGGUGCGCUCUGUGGAAGUGUCAUUCUCCAUUUGAAUUACCAUGCCUUUACCUGUUGGCAGUCCAAAUAUUCCCGGCUCUUUCCAAGUUUCUGGUCGUGUUCAUGCUAACGACUUUCAAAGUCAACAUGUUCUAUGUCUUAUGAGGCUUUUGUCAUCACGAAUGCUUGUCUUUUCCAGAGAUACAAAGUCAAACUU